CCUUCAGAAUGUUAACCACAGGAAUAUUUUGGAUGACUGUCCUUGUUUCUCACAUUCAAGAAAGGGGGAUUGUUGGAGUAGAGGGUCAAGAACUGGUUCAUCCUAAAAAGCUUCCCUUGCUACACAAACGGGAUCUUGAACGCAUCCAUGACUCUGACAUACCGGAGGAAUAUGAAGAAGAAUUGUUGUAUGAAAUAAAAUUGGGCAAAAAAACUUUAAUCCUUCACCUUCUGAAAGCAAGGGAACUCCUCAGUUCAAAUUACAGUGAAACAUACUACAACGUAAAGAGAGAAGUGUUCACCAAGCAUCCACAGAUCUUGGAUCACUGUUUUUACCAAGGCUCCAUCAUUCAUGAAUUUGAUUCUGCUGCUAGUAUCAGCACUUGCAAUGGUCUGAGGGGUUUCUUCAGGGUGAAUGACCAGCGGUAUCUCAUCGAACCAGUAAAAUACUCAGAUGAGGGAGAACAUUUGGUGUACAAAUACAAUGUCAAGGCACCCUACGCUACCAAUCACUCCUGCGUGGGGCUCAAUUUUACCAAGAAGUCUGCUCUGAUGGAUGUUGAGAAUAUAGAAGAGCAUAACCCGGAAGACCAUCACAAAGAAAAGUUCAUUGAACUGUUUGUUGUUGCUGAUGAAUAUGUGUACCGCAGGAACAAUAAACCCCAAAACAAGCUAAGAAAACGAAUUUGGGGAAUGGUCAAUUUUGUCAAUAUGAUUUAUAAAACCUUGAACAUUCAUGUGACUUUAGCUGGUAUUGAAAUAUGGUCAGCUGGGGACAAGAUAGAAAUAGUGUCCAAUCUAGAAAGUACCUUAUUGCAUUUUUCAACUUGGCAAGAAACAGUUCUCAAAAAAAGGAAGGAUUUUGAUCAUGUGAUUUUAUUGAGUGGGAAGUGGCUCUACACAUCUAUGCAAGGAAUUGCUUACCCAGGAGGGAUAUGCCAGAUCCUUCGUUCAUGCAGUGUCGUUAAGGAUCUUCUACCAGAUGUAAAUAUAAUUGGGAACAGAAUGGCACAUCAGCUGGGACACAACCUGGGGAUGCAGCAUGAUGGCUUUCCAUGCACCUGUCCUUUGGGGAAGUGUGUGAUGGGCGAUGGAAGCAUCCCUGCAAUAAAAUUCAGCAAAUGCAGCCAAACCCAAUACCAGCAAUUUCUGCAGGAUCAGAAACCAACAUGCUUACUCAACAACCCCUUUCCCGAAGAAUCCAAUGAUUAUCCUUUCUGUGGGAACAAGAAGGUGGAUGAGGGAGAAGAGUGUGACUGUGGGCCAGUUCAGGAGUGCACCAAUCCCUGCUGUGACGCACACAAAUGUGUCCUGAAGCCAGGAUUCACUUGUGUGGAAGGAGAGUGCUGUGAAUCAUGUCAGAUGAAGAAAGAAGGUGUCGUAUGCAGACUAGCGAAAAAUGAAUGUGAUAUUUCUGAAGUGUGUACUGGCUACUCCCCUGAGUGCCCUAAAGACGAGUUCCAAGCCAACGGGUUUCCUUGCAAGAAUGGAGAAGGCUACUGCUUUAUGGGACUAUGUCCCACCCGGAAUGACCAGUGCUCAGAGUUAUUCAUUGGCGGAGCAGAAGAGAGUCACAGCCUUUGCUACAGGAUGAAUAAAAAAGGAAACAGAUUUGGAUACUGCAAAAAUAAGGGCAACACAUUUGUUCCCUGUGAAGAGAAAGAUCUCAAAUGUGGGAAGAUAUACUGCUCGGGAGGCCGGCCCUCAUCACGCCUUGGAGAAGAUAAAGCCUAUAAUCUUAAGAAUGUGAAGCAAAAUGUGACCAUCAAAUGCAGAACCAUGUUUUUACUCCACAAUUCUAGAGACAUGGGCCUGGUUAAUUCUGGAACAAAAUGUGGAGAUGGAAUGGUUUGCAGCAAUGGCGAAUGUAUAGAAAUGGAUAAGGCCUACAACUCAACCAUCUGCUCCUCCCCAUGCGAUGAAAACGAUGUGGAUGACAACGAACCUGAGUGCCAGUGUGAGGAAGGAUCAAUAAUUACAGAGUGGGGAGAAGCCUUAAACCUUACCAGUGUCUCCAUCAUGGUCAUUGUGCUUGUCAUGGUUAUUAUUGGUGUUGGACUUGUCAUAUUACUAAUCCGUUACCAGAAAUGCAUUAAGAUGAAGCAAGUUCAAAGCUCUUCUCGAGAAAUACGGGGGGUAGAGAAUAAGGGAUACUUUCCUGAAGAACAUCAGACGAGGAGUGAGCCAAUCUUGACCGAUAUCCAUCCCCUACAUACCACUGCAGAGUCCCUGGAAAGAGUUCCUUCCAGCUUUUCAAGUCCUCACUACAUCACACUGAAAUCUGUCAGCAAGGACCCAAGAGGAAUUGCAGAACCUAAGCAAAAUGAUAAUGUGAAUUUGAACCUGGAUAUCCAAAGUGGCUGCGCAAGACUGGGCUAAUCCUCCGUGCAGAUCAUCAUUGCAUUGAUGUCCGCUAAACACGUUAUGGUUGUUUUCCAAAUAUUCCUUACUUGAAUAUAAAAUGUUCAAGAGAAAUAGCUUCUUCCUAUUAACAUUAAGUCAUAAAAUCCACAAUCUAUAGCACAGACAUAAGCUCCAGAAAAAUUGAAUAUAAAAUUUCCAGUUGGCUUUAAUUUAAUGUCCAAAUAGGAAAUCUCUCUGCUGUAGUAAUUUCCUACACACUAUUAAUCUUGUUACAUUUGUAAUAAUCAAAGCUUAGACAGUGAUCAUGUAGAGCCUCACAAACAAGGCUAGUAGUUGGUUACUUUGUUAGGAUCAUUUUAAAAGCACUUACUUUUAGGUCAGGUAUAGAGUACCAGCCCUGUGAUUCCUGGAGGCUGAAGCAGUAGGAUCACACAGGUUCAGGGUCUCUGUGGACUGCAGAGAGAGACCAUGUCAAGACUGGACAACUUGGUGAGAACUCUUUAGCAAAAGCAUAAAAAUUUAAUAAUGUUCCAGGGACAUUAGGAAAUUGCUGGUAGUGGAGCAGAAAGGGAGACACCCUGGGUGCAACCGUGAGAAUUAAAAAACAAAAACAAAAACAACAACAACAACAACAAAAAAAAAACAGAAAGAUCGAAACAGAUGACAGUGUGCCUACUUAGAUUUGCAAACUACAUCACUAAAGUCUGCUUUCAAUGAAAUUGUCUCCUAUGGAAGUGACAGCAUGGGUACUACCCAGGGUGUAGAAGCUCCUACAAGCUCUGGGUUCCUAGGUCUGCCUUUCUAGAGGUAUAAGUAGCCAAGAAGGUGACAGGGAUUUUAUAAAGUUCACUCCACCUCCUUGUGCACAUGAGAGAUCUCUGAGCCCUCGGGAAACACAGAUCAGGGUGUGCUUGGUGUUCACUGGCUUUACUGCAGAUCACUGCAGGCUUGUGGAUGUGUUGCCUUAUGUGAGGAUCUUUCCUUAUACAAAUGUCUGUGGGUGGGAACACUUUCUCCCACAGUCUCUGUUUUCUUAAUGGGAGCUGUUAAGCCUUUUGAAUCUAUAGAUGAUUUUUCCUCCAUCCUGAAAUAAAGAUCUCAAACGCUAAA